GCAGCGAGCAGGCAGGCGCGGAGCUGCCCUUCCAUAGGAGCCGCCAUUAGCGCUGGGACCCGCUGACAGGGUCUCGGCGGCGGCGGCCGGCGCGGCGCGGGGAGCAGAUCAGCCGGGGUGGGUCCCCGUUUGAUGGAUCCCCGGAUAGCCUGGUUCCAGCCAGAGCAGCUCGGCCCCUCGAACCGCCUGUGGAUGCAGAUCUGGGAGACCACGCAGGGGGUCCGCAACCUCUACUUCCAGCAGCAGCAGCAGCAGGAGCAGCAGCAGCAACAGCAGCAGCAGCAGCAGCAGCAGCAGAGCGCCCCCGCCGCGGCCGGCCCGGCCUCCCCGCCCGGCAUGUACCGCGCCCCCCGCGCCGACCCCCCGCCCGACUUCCUGCCGCUCGAGAGCGCCAACAACCCGCACAGCCGCGGGCACCGCCAGGCCUCGCCGCCCCCGGGGGCCGCCGCUUGGGCCCGGCCCGCGCGGGGGGCGCCGCCCGCCGCCGCCGCUGCCGCCAGCAACAAGAGGAAGCGCGACAACAAGGCCAGCACCUUCGGGCUCAACUACAGCCUGCUGCUGGGCCGCGCCCCCGCCCCGGCCGACGAGCCGGCCGCCCGCGCCCAGCCCGGCCUGGCCGAGCCGCUCUACACCGGCACCCCCUGGAAGAAGAGGAACUACAGCCAGGGAGUCGUGGGUCUUCAUGAAGAAAUCAUUGACUUUUAUAAGUAUAUGUCUCCCAGACCUGAAGAAGAGAGAAUGCGAAUGGAAGUGGUGACCAGAAUAGAAAAUGUUAUCAAAGAGCUCUGGCCUAAUGCAGAUGUGCAGAUAUUUGGAAGUUUUAAAACUGGUUUAUAUUUACCUACAAGUGAUAUUGAUUUAGUUGUGUUUGGAAAGUGGGAGACAUUACCUCUUUGGACUCUGGAAGAAGCUCUUAGAAAGCACAAUGUAGCAGAUGAAAACUCAGUAAAGGUUCUAGAUAAAGCAACUGUACCUAUUAUUAAACUGACAGAUUCCUUCACUGAAGUAAAAGUCGAUAUAAGCUUUAAUGUACAGAAUGGGGUUAAAGCAGCCCAGCUCAUCAAAGAUUUUAUCAAGAAAUAUCCUGUGUUACCAUUUCUAGUUUUAGUAUUGAAACAGUUCCUGUUGCAGAGGGACCUUAAUGAAGUAUUUACAGGUGGAAUUGGUUCUUACAGUCUCUUUUUAAUGGCUGUCAGUUUCCUUCAGCUGCAUCCCAGGGAAGAUGCCUGUAUGCCCAAUGCCAACUAUGGUGUUCUUUUAAUAGAGUUUUUUGAAUUGUAUGGACGUCACUUCAAUUAUCUGAAGACUGGAAUCCGAAUAAAGGAUGGUGGCUCUUAUGUUGCCAAGGAUGAAGUGCAGAAAAGCAUGUUGGAUGGCUACAGACCAUCAAUGCUCUACAUCGAGGAUCCAUUACAGCCAGGUAAUGAUGUUGGGAGAAGUUCCUAUGGUGCCAUGCAAGUGAAGCAGGCUUUUGAUUAUGCCUAUGUUGUUUUGAGCCAUGCGGUUUCCCCCAUAGCUAAAUAUUAUCCUAACAACGAAACAGAAAGUAUAUUAGGGAGAAUAAUUAGAGUAACACAAGAAGUGGCCACCUACAGAGACUGGAUAUCCAAGCAGUGGGGAAUGCAAAGCAGAACAGAAUCUUCAUGUAAUGGUAAUGGAGUAACCUUGAUAGUAGAUACUCAGCAGCUGGACAAAUGCAACAAUAAUCUUGCUGAAGAGAAUGAAGCACUGGGAAAACCUAGAAAUAAAACUUCAGAAACACUUAGUAAACAUUCUUCAAAUUCUUCAUCAGGUCCUUUAUCAUCAUCAUCAUCCACACUGUCCAGCUCUAGUGAUGUAGAUUCUGAUGGAACACCUUGCAAAACCUCUAAACAGUUGAGUUGUCGUCAGUCUACCACAAACAGAGUGGGGUCACAAGAAGUGUCACUGGAAACCUCCCAGUCAAGUGGGAAAACACAAAAUAGCCAAACAGCCAAUACAUCCAGCAACACGAACAAAUCUCAGCAUGGAUCUGCACGGUUAUUUCGCUCGUCCAACAAAGGCUUCCAAGGUCCAACAAACUCAAGCCAUGGUACCUCAGUCACAAACAAACAGCACCAAGGCAGCAAAUCACACCAUCAGUUUUUCCACGGCAAAAAGAGGAAACACAAGAGGGAUGCAGCCCUGUCAGACCUUUGUAGAUAGUUGCCUACUUUAUGACUGUUCUUCUGUGUGCAAUGAUCUCAUGCUACAGGAUAGUUUGAUAGUGACUCCUUGGAUCUCUUCUGGAGCUUCAGACUGUUCAGACAUAGAUUAGCAACUGCAUUUUUUUUUCCCAGCUCGCCACGGAACGGAACAUGAAGAUUGAUCACUGCAAAAAAAAAAAAAAAAGGAAAAAAAAAAGAAAAAAAUGG